AUGGACACAGAGAUGGCAUCCUGGAAGUCCACAGGCACCUACGUCGACGAGGUUCCCCCUCCUGGGGCGAACAUCGUCGAUGGCAUGUGGAUUUUCAGGGUGAAGCGGCCGCCGGGUUCUCCGCCUGUCUUCAAGGCUCGUUACGUUGCACGAGGCUUCAGUCAGCGACAGGGAGUUGACUUCUUCCAGACCUUCUCCCCUACCCCGAAGAUGACCACUCUUCGGGUGCUGCUGCACGUUGCCGCUCAGCGUGAUUACGAGCUUCACUCUCUUGACUUCAGCACGGCUUUCUUGCAGGGCAGCCUGCACGAGGAGAUCUGGCUGCGACGUCCUCCUGGUUUCACUGGGUCGUUCCCUCCUGGUACCCAGUGGAGCCUCCGACGGCCAGUCUACGGUCUCCGCCAGGCGCCACGUGAGUGGCACGACACACUGAGGACGACACUAGCGGCUCUUGGGUUUGCUCCCUCCACUGCAGACCCGUCGCUGUUCCUGCGCACAGACACGUCGCUGCCGCCGUUCUACAUCCUCGUGUACGUCGACGACUUGGUCUUUGCUACUGCUGACACUGAGGCACUUGCUCUUGUGAAGUCGGAGCUGCAGAAGAGACACACGUGCACAGACCUGGGUGAACUGCGCAAGCCGAGUGGCCCGUACCCAGAGCUUGUGGGCUGCCUCAUGUACCUGAUGACCUGCACUCGACCUGACCUUGCGUACCCUCUUAGCAUCCUAGCUCGCUACGUCGCGCCUGGGAGACACAGGCGAGAGCACUGGGAGGCUGCUAAGAGGGUGCUACGCUACUUGUGCAGUACAUCGGGCAUGGGGUUGGUGCUUGGAGGACGCGACAGAGUUGUCCUCACUGGUCACUCAGACGCUUCUUGGGUGGACGACCUGGCUACGCAGCGGUCGUCACAGGGUUACACUUUCAGCCUUGGCUCUGGUUCUGUCUCUUGGCGGUCCACCCGCUCUUCUUCGGUUCUCAGCUCUAGUUGUGAGGCUGAGAUCUACGCCACGGCCAUGGCUGCACAGGAGUUACGCUGGCUCACCUACCUGCUGACUGACUUGGGAGAGCGGCCUAGUUCUCCUCCAGUUCUGUACGGAGACAACAAGGCGGCCCUUGCCUUGUGUCAGGAGCACAGACUGGAGCACAGAACGAAGCACAUUGCUCUCCGUUACUUUCUGGCUCGAGAGCUGCAGCAGCGUGGCCAGCUUCGCCUUGCGUACGUGGACUCGAAGGCCAACACUGCUGAUAUAUUCACCAAGGCGCUUCCGCCUAGUGAUCAUCAGCGGCACUGCACUGCACUAGGCCUUGUGUCCACGUUCCCUCACCUCCUUACUUCUUGA